CUCAUGCUGGUUCCAGGAGGUGCCAGCAGGAGCUGUGGUUAAUCAUCUACCUGGUGCCAUGGAAAGCAAGCAGCCAUGGGUGGCGCCCCAGCCCUGGGGCCUCCUGGGCAGGUCCUUUCAGUGGACACAGCCAGGACACUUCAACCCACACGCCCUGAGCAGCCCUCCAAAACAGCAUCGCAAGAGGGCAGAACACAGCAGAAGGGGUUCAAAUGGACAGAAUGCUAUCGAAAUACUCCUGGAAGAUGGAGUUCUGGCAGAACCCCUGGGACCUGGGGGGCCUGGCAGUGAUCAUCCUGUUCUUCACCACGGUCCUGUCUCUCAUCUUGUUUGCUAUUAUCUUUGGUUUCCUCCCCAUGACCAAAACGACCAACCAGAAUGAAGAGUCGUGACCUGACUUUCUGCAGGCCAAGGGGGCCACUCUCAAAACACUAUGUACUCUUUCUUCAAAGCCCUUUAACAGUCUGGAAUUAAACAUUUUUCAUAUGAU